AUGUCUCAUGUAGCUACUGGUCAUUUGAACUUCACCGCGUUGAUUGGUAAUCGGCAUGGUGAUCACGUGCUUGUGGUGCCUGGUAUAUCAGGCACGAGAUCAUCUGUCGGAAUUAUAAAGAGACAAACAGAUCAUUAUCCUCAAUCCAUCCGCCAGCAUGUUUUUGAGUGGUUGUCUGUUUUCGAUGUCGAUUGA